AUGGCUUCUUCUCUUUGGAUAAAAUUCAUCGUUUCAGCCAUUGUUAUGCUCAUUAUUUCUCCCAAUAUCACAGUCCAGGAAACCGCAUACCGCUACCACAGUUGCGUAAACACCACUUUUUUCACUCCAAAUAGUGCCUUCUCAACAAACCUCAAUGAAACUCUCUCUUCUCUGAUCUCAAAUGCCCCCCUUAGCAAUGGAUUUUACAAUACCAGCACCGGGGGCCUGCAGGGCCCUGAUAGAGCCUAUGGCCUCUUUCUUUGUAGACGAGACAUCUCUCCUGAUCUAUGCCAAAUUUGUGUCAAGGUCGCUAGUAAAAAAAUCAAAAACCUUUGUCCUAAACAGAAAGAAGCAAUUAUAUGGUAUGAAGAGUGCAUGUUAAGGUACUCAAACAGGUCUAUUUUCUCUGAUAUGGAAGAGGAUACUCGUGUUUAUUUGGGGAACCAGAACAACGUUAUACAUCCCAGUCAGUUUAAUCAGACUUUGGCUGAUUUGAUGAACAGUUUGGCUCAUGAGGCUGUGUCAUCUAGCAACUUUUUCGCUGCUGAAGAUGUGAAUUUCACAACUGUUACUAGGCUAUAUGGGCUGGUGCAAUGCACUCCUGACAUUGUUUCAUCUGAGUGCUGCAGUUGCUUGGCUGCUUGUGUGAGUGAGAUUCGUAAAUACUGUAAUGGGAAGGAAGGAGGUAGAAUUUCUAAGCCUAGUUGCAAUAUCAGGUUUGAAAUUUACCCUUUUUACUCUAUGGCCUCUCAUCCACCUCCGCCGCCAGCUACCUCGACAAGUAAAAUUGGUAAGCAUUUGCAUUUGCCACUUCUAUGAUUGUCGGAUUCAUAUGCAUCUGACCAAUGUGGGAGCCUGCAUGAGCCACGUGUACUGCUGAUGCACGCAGGAUUUUUUUUUUCUUUAUAUUAAGCAUUUUAGAUAUCCAAAGUGACCAUAACUUUUCACUUUGAUAUUGUUAAAUAUAUAUAUAGACAUGAUGCACCUAUCCCAUUUAAGUUAUUUAUUAAUCUAAUCAUAGGGUGAGUUAGUGCAAAUAAAUAGCAGGACAUAUGCAUGAUUACUUGAUCAAAUUCUUCCGUAUGUCGGAAAUUAAUACUGUAAUCACUGUUAUAAUGCUUUUUGCAUAGUGAAUGACCUCUCUCAGGCCUAUACGGGAAGCUACAUCUACUUCUAUGGUUAGCUUGUCAAUCUUUUUGUAUCUUCUAUAGUUUGAAUACAAUUCUUUUUGUUUCCUAGCAAAGAAUCAUCAUUGUUACAAUCAUGUUCUUUAGUUUUGUAUUACCCCAAUAGAUUUCAGUGCCAUCAUGAGUUGACC